UAAGCAGCUCAAUUAUUUUAAACUUUAAUUAACAAAAAAUGUAAUUUAUAUCAAAACAAACUUAUUUACUUGUAAGUAGACUUGUUACGAUUAACCAAACAUGCUUUUUAGUUGACUAUAAGACAAAGAAAGAGAGAAGAAAUAAUGCAAAUACAAAGACUAGAUAAAUUACGUUUUGAACAUAGUGAUUGUCCAAAUAAUGUAUAAUAGGUUUAACCAACGAUGAAGUGAUCCGAUAAUCGAGUUGGGUCAAUAGUUAAAUUGGGUCUAAUAACAAGUGAACAUUCGGCCUAAAACUUUCACGAUUAUUGAGAAUCUCUUCAUGCAUUGAUUGUGAGCCAAAUAACAUGUUCUACACCCACUCUGCAAAAACGGUUAGAGUGAGUGACCCUUGCACGAAUAUUUCCAUUCAUCAUUCACUUUUUUCUCUAUAAUAUAUCUCCAAGAAACACCUCUCUUUUUAGUUUUUCCUAUAUUUCAAAUUUGAAUGAUGGGUUUUGUGAAAACGGAAAUAUUUUUCUGCUCAUUAAUGGCGGUUUUUGGAUUUUGCUUGGGUUCUGUUUACAAAGUUGGCGAUUCUGCUGGCUGGACUAUCAUUGGAAAUGUUGAUUAUAAUACGUGGGCUUCUUCUAAGACCUUUCAAAUCGGCGACACUCUCAUUUUCAACUACGAUGCUAAGUUUCACAAUGUGCUGCAAGUUGCCCUUCCGGAUUUCCACUCUUGUAACUCGUCUUCGCCUCUAGCCACCUACUCGACUGGCAAUGACUCGAUAACUAUCACGAGCCCGGGCCACUACUACUAUACAUGUGGCUUUGUUGGCCACUGCGAGGCUGGACAGAAGGUUGAUAUAAGGGUGCCCAAGGCUCUUCAGCCAACUGCAGUGCCAGUUUCAAGCCCAAUUCGAGCUCCUCCAAGCCACAAGGCAGUACCUACGACCUCUCCAAGUGGGUCAUUUACGCCCAGCCCAUCUCAGAAUAGGGCAGAGUCUCUCCUGCCCUUCGACUUUUGUAGCAAGAUUGUGUUGUUUUUGCUUGUUUUUGGGCUUUAUGUUAAUGUGUUUCUUUGAUUGGGACGAUCAUCUUGUGGUUUCAUCAUUGUAGCAAUCUUUUAUUAUGUUCAGUUUAGCUUGCCCCGAAUUAUGAUAGUUCUUGGUGAUUUUGGAAGUUUGGAUAUAUUUUAGAGUUAAUUGUCUCAAU